UUAAGAACUGUCCUUUUUAUUCUGCUUAGAAGUAUUAAUAACAAGAUCUUGGAAGCAUGACUUAUAAGACUUAUAGUUCCAAAGUCUGAGCAUUUCGUGCUCUUACUUUUCUUUGGGAUCAUGACAAACUCUGACACCACAAAAUCUGUUGGCCACUUUCCUGUUGAGUAGAUUAUACACUUAUAAAAUUAUAUACUUGGACUGAAUGGAGUCUACUGAGGCAAAGUCUUAAAGCCUCUAAAGUAGGGAUAGAUGGAUUAUAGAUAAACAAAAACUGAAAAGGUUGCAGGACACAGGCAGCAAUCAGAACAGCCAUUGGAGAUGUUGGGGGAUCUGGAGAAAAUGUAUAAUUCGUUUCCUUCUGCUUAAAUAUUACCAUCCCUUUCCCAAGCUCCUCUAAACGUAAAAUUAAAAUCUGCUUCCAACUAUCUGCUGGUAUAAUUCUGGCUUUCUGUGUGUCUUCAUGCCCCAAAAUUGUAUCAGCAAUGUUGGACAUCAGGAAUAAAAUCAGAAAUUGCUGUAAACAUUCAGCAGGUCAGGUAAACUGUUUUAAUCUUUUUGCAUAUAUCUUCCUUUCUGUUGGAUUUUACCCUUUCUAUUUUUAACUUCUGUUAGAUGCAAUGCUAAAGGCAUUACAAAAGACAGAAUUACUGUUUUAUCGGUCCAGUGGGUGUGAAGGUUCUGGCAAUUUGUCCUAUUUGGCAAUUUAUCCAUAGUGUAAAUUCAAAAAGAGAGAAAUGUCACAAUGUUUGAUUUGAUCAAGGUUCCAAGGUGUUGUACACAUUUGGUCAUAUUCUCUAAAUUUCAAGAUUAUUUCUUCAGUUUUUUUUAAACACCCCAUAUUCUUGGAUUAAUUAUGAGAUAUGGAGAAGUUUCUCAGUCUUUGAAAGUGCUCAGAUUUCCCAUCAGAUCUGCUCCACCCUCUCAUUUUACAGUGCAGUCUGAACAGACCCUAAAAUUACAUACUUCCACUGAAUUCUAUGUUUUACAACUAUCUACCAGAUUAAACUGCAACACCUUUUACUCUAGAUUACACAAGUACUCAAGUUUCUGGAGAUUUCAACCCACAAACUCAGAUUUAAAGCCAUAAGAACGAAUCGUUGAAGUCUUAAAUUUUCAUAAAAUUGUUUGAAAAUUCACAAUUUGUUUUGACGUUUUAAAAAAUCCUUCGUUUUAUACAAAUGUGUCAACAGAUUUCAUUUUUCUUGUAUUUCACUUGGACAGUUUGUAUUUUCAAUUGUUUAACCUCAAAGAGACUUUUACAAAUGAUCCUUUUGUUAGAAUUCAUUGUAGGGAAGAAAAAGGACGAGAUUUAGAGUUCAACGCUAAUCAGUAGUGUUAUUGAAUAAAAUCAAUAUUCAGAGCGAAAACGAAAAAUUGUGUAAGGUGAAAGAUUAACUCUUAGCAGAAACGACUUUACCUGCAAAUUAUUGUCUACACUCCGUUUUGUGUCAUAUUCCUAGCAUUCUCAGUACUUUACAUAGUCGCGAAACUUCCACCAACGGGGCUAUUUAGCUAACAGAAUGACUAAGUACACUACCAAACAUCCACAGCGUUUGGCUUUAAUAUGACUGUAAUUUCCGCACUAUAAACCAAUAUUCCCAAAUUAAAUCAGGACCUUCUGCAAAUCCAUGGUGGACGAGAAGCUCGACGACCAUUCGUUAACGUUCAUGCGGAUUUGUAGCUGCUAAAGGUAACAUAACGUUUCGUAGCGAGGGGCUCUCUCCGGCGUACUGCGCGAAAGCGGGAGCGGGUCCACAUCCGUGUCCUGCCUUCCCAUGUUCUCAGGGAGCUCCUCCUCCAAGGGGGGGGUGGACAUUCCUGGCAUUUCCAAGGAUGCGAGGCGCCUCAGGAAUCCCCCGAGAACACUGGCGCCGGGAUCGCACUCGCAACUGCUUGAGCCGCCUCCCUCCGAGGGGGAGCAGGAGGAGGCGUCGAGCUCCCCCCGGUCGCCCCCUCCCCACCCCUCCGACCCCCGUAACGUCUCUGCGACCGGCCGUGCCCGUCCUGUUCCGUCCCGUGCGUGCGUGUGGACGCGCGUGUGCGUGGAGCGAGGUUGCCGCUGGAAGGACGCCGACGCCGUCUCCGUCAGUGUGGCCACCUCCGCCUCCGCCGCGGUGCUGCUGCUGCUGUUCUGUCCUGUCGUUGUUUGCCGGAGGGCGGGGGAAGAGGCAGAGGGUUAGACGCGGCGAGACGAGUUUGCUCGAGGAGCCCAAAUAGCUGGAAAAGUUGUGCGCCGGUAUCCGCCAUUUCAGUCCACACGUCGCUUUGAUUUGCCCGCUCGGCCAAGGAGAGCGAAAAGCGAAGGGGGUGUGGGCGAGAUAAAAACUUGUUUCGCGAGCUGAGUCUUACAGCUGCCGGGUGCUUGGUUUUUUUUAACAUUAAAAAAACCCAUCAAAAAUGCGUUUUAAGAAAAACGAUCCAUCCGAGGAGGAGAGUUGAAAAAAAUAAUGUAGAAGUGGUGGCGGACGAGCACGUCAGGUACAACUACAACGAAAGGCUGUGUUAAUCCCGGUGCGAGGAGGCGGGGGAAUAAGCCGGGCCGGGGCAGGCCGCGGAGGGAAGCCGAGAGUAGCUUGGCAGCAACCAUGUUGGAACUUAAAUGUUGAGGAACUAUGGACUAAAAUAAGAUUAUGAAGAAAAAUGUAUUUUCAAUGAAAAUGGAGCUCAUUAUGGACUGCAUCAAAGAGAAGCAGUGACCCACUGUAUGUGGGUUUACUACAGAAUAAAGGAGCACAUUCCAAUGUUGUCUUCAAAUAUAAAGGGAUGACUGGCAAAGAAUGAUGGCAAAAAAUAAAGAACUGCGUCCCCCAACAUACAGUAUUAGUGUGGUGGGAUUAUCAGGGACAGAGAAAGAGAAAGGUACAAGUGGUGUUGGAAAGUCUUGUUUAUGCAAUCGAUAUGUGCACCCAAAAGCGGAUGAUUAUUACCCAGAGCAUACCUCAGUACUCAGCACGAUUGAUUUUGGAGGCCGUGUUGUCAACAAUGACCAUUUUCUGUUCUGGGGUGACGUCAGCCACACAAGUGAGGAAGGAACUGAAUAUAAAGUACAAGUCAUUGAACAAACUGAGUUUAUUGAUGACCAAACUUUUCUGCCUCAUCGAAGCACAAACUUACAACUAUAUAUAAAACGAGCAGCUGUAUCAAAAUUACAGUCAGCUGAAAAGUUAAUGUACAUCUGCACUGAUCAACUGGGUUUGGAGCAAGACUUUGAGCAGAAGCAGAUGCCAGAUGGUAAGCUAACCAUCGAUGGUUUUCUCCUGUGCAUUGAUGUGAGCAAAGGGUGCAAUAGGAAAUUUGAUGAUCAGCUGAAGUUUGUAAAUAACCUUGUUGCUCAGCUGACUAAAACAAAAAAACCAAUUGUUAUAGCAGCAACAAAAUGUGAUGAAUGCGUUGAUCACUACCUGCGGGAAGUGCAGGCUUUUGCAACUAACAAAAAGAAUAUGCCUGUUGUAGAAACUUCAGCACGAUUUCAUGUGAAUGUGGAUUUGUGUUUUGCUACUUUAAUUCAAUUGUUGGAUAAAACAAGGGCAAAGCCGAAGAUUAUUCCAUAUUUGGAUGCUUAUAAGCAACAGAGACAACUUGUUGCUUCAGCAACGGACAAAUUUGAAAAGUUGAUUGUCCAGGCUGUAAAAGAUUAUCAUGCAGAGUGGAAAACUGUAAGUAAUAAAUUGAAAAAUCACCCUGAUUAUGAAGAGUAUGUAACUUUGGAAGGGACAAAGAAGGCAAAAAACACAUUUUCUAAGCACAUAGAACAGCUCAAACAGGAACACGUUAGAAAACGACGGGAAGAAUAUAUUGCUUUGUUACCAAAAGCCCUGAAUAUAUUGCUUCCUGAGCUUGAGGAAAUUGAACAGUUGAACUGGUCAGAGGCUCAAAAUGUUUUGGAACAGAGACCUGACUUUCCCCUCUGGUUUGUUGUGUUAGAAAAAACACCCUGGGAUGAAACUGACCACAUUGAUAAUAUUAAUGAUAAGAGACUUCCCUUUGACCUUCUCAGUACAUCAGAAGGAGAAAAAGUUUACCACAAUCACGUGCAACAUUUGAUUUCUGAGAGACGAAGGCUUGAAAUGAAAGAAAAGUUCAAGAAACACCUUGAAAAGGUACAGUUCAUAACACCUGGGAAGCCCUGGGAAGAUGUGUCAUGUUUUGUCAUGGACAAUGAAGCUUGCAAGUUUAUAACUGAUGCUGAUCGUAGAGAGGUUUACAGUAGACAUCAACGAGAAAUUGUUGAAAAAGCAAAAGAGGAAUUCCAGGAAAUGCUUUUUGAACAUUCUGAACUUUUUUAUGAUCUAGAUCUUAAUGCAACACCCAAAAUGAAUGAAAUCAACACUGUUCUAAGUGAAGAGCCAAGAUACAGGGCACUACAAAAACUUGCACCGGAUCGGGAAUCUCUUCUGUUAAAACACAUAGGAUUUGUCUACCACCCAACUAAAGAAACUUGUCUCAGUGGUCAGAAUUGCAUGGACAUUAAGGUGGAACAAUUACUUUCCGCCAGUCUUAUACAGUUUGAUAACAAUCGGCCAAACAUGCAUCAGGAUAGUGCCAAUAUUGAUAAGCUUAUUCUUGUUCUCUUGGGUAGAGAUGGACUUGCGCAGGAACUAGCUAAUGAAAUUCGAGUUCAGUGUACUGAUGAUGAGUAUACUUUAGAUGGUAAGAUAUAUGAACUGGAUCUUCAACCAGUGGAUCUCAAUACUUUUGUAUUGUCUGGUCUGCUUACAACACAUCGACCUCAUGGCUAUUUCUGUGUUUAUAACUCCACAGAGUCACUUAGUUGUAUGGCUGAUUGCAUAGAACGGAUAAGAAGUGAAGCUACCCCAAACAGGAAAGGCAAGUUUACAGCUAAUCUUUCAUUUACAGUUAUAUUAGCAAACCAGAGAGACAUUGGUAGCAAGAACUUGCCAAUUUUAAGACUUCAGGGACAGCAACUUGCCAAUAAGUUGCAAUGUCCUUUUGUUGAUGUGCCCUCUGGAACCUAUACUCGCAAAUUUCAUGAAUUCCAAAUAAAACAAGCUCUUAGAGGUCUCUUGGAAGCAUUGAAAAACAAUUUAAAUGUUGUUAGUCCUUUGCCCAGUAUUAAAGAUAUGACAGAAGCUGACUUGAGAAUUGUAAUGUGUGCCAUGUGUGGAGAUCCAUUUAAUGUUGACAUAAUUCUUUCACCUUUCCUGGAAUCUCAGUUUUGCAGUGCUGCUCAGCCUGGUCAUAGUAAUUCUCUCCUACUUGAGAAGAUUAUUGGUGAAAAGCGCAAACGAAUCCAGAUUACAAUACUUUCAUACCACUCAUCUAUUUGUGUAAGAAAGGAUGAGUUAGUCCAUGGGUAUAUCCUGGUUUAUUCAGCAAAACGAAAAGCUUCCAUGGCAAUGCUCCGUGCCUUUUUGGCAGAAGUGCAAGAUAUCAUUCCUGUUCAGUUGGUGGCUGUUACUGACAGUCAAGCUGACUUUUUUGAAAAUGAAGCAAUUAAAGAGUUGAUGACUGAGGGUGAACAUAUAGCAACAGAAAUAUCUGCAAAAUUUACUGCUAUAUAUACUUUGUCACAGUAUCAUAGACAGACAGAAGUUUUCACACCAUUCUUCAGUGAAGUUCUAGAGAAGAAAAAUAGUAUUGAAAAUUCGUUUAUGUAUGACACCAGAGAAUCCACUAAUGCAAAUGAUGAUGCCUCCUUGUCUCCUCGGGCAAACUCUCCAGCUUACAAUUAUUAUCCUGACUCAGAAGAUGACAAUGAAGCACCUCCACCAUACAGCCCUAUUGGAGAUGAGGUGCAGUUGCUUCCCUCAUCCAAUGAUCGUUCUAAACAUCGAUCAGAUUUUGAAGGGACUGAAUAUCCAGUUCACAGUAGUCCAAUUAUUAAUCAUGAGAAUCAUAAAGUGCCUCCACCCAUUAAACCCAAACCUUCUAUUUUGAGGCACGACGUGAGAAAACUUGAUCCAAAUCUUGUGAAAACCAUUGAACAGGUAAUAGGUAAAAACCCAAAGAGAAACAAUCGAGCACCUUUUGGCCAUCCAGAUGACCUAGAUCCAACUGACAAUUACUCAGUCCCAAGAGAUUCUCUGCUAAAACCGAAAAUGGAUGAUGAAAUAUAUUCUGUUCCCCAAGAUUCAAAAACUUCUAAGAUUAUAAGAAAGCCAACAUUAAUUGGAGGAAAUAAUUCCCUAGGAGAAGAAGAAAAUGGCUUGCUUGAUCGAUCUGCAAAGCAACCCAUAAUACGGAAGCCUUCAAAGUACAAAUACAAAUCCAAGACACUAUUUAGAAAGGCUAGAUUAUACUAUAGAAGGAGAGAACGCUUUGAUGGUAGUGAUGAUGAAACUGUGCCAUCAUCUUCACGCAAGCCAAAGAAGGGGAAAACUCAUCGUGGGAGUGAGGAAGAUCCUUUACUGUCCCCAGACAGUUGUGGGAAAGCAGGGAUUGAUAAUCCUGCUAUUGCAUCUGAUCCAGAAGUUGAUGAUCCGAGGAGGAAGAGGGAUAAGAAACCAGCAAAACCAAAGCCACAAAAGCCAAACAAAAAGGGGCCGAAACCUGGACUACCUGCAAGAAGAAAUUGGGAGAGUAAUUACUUUGGGGUUCCUCUUGAAGAUGUGGUUACUGCUGAUAAUCCUAUACCAGCUUUUAUUGAACGAUGUGUGGAGUACAUUGAAUCUACAGGUUUGAACACUGAAGGACUGUAUCGUGUCAGUGGAAACAGGACUGAUCAAGAUAAUAUUCAAAGGCAGUUUGAUCAAGAUCACAAUAUUGACCUUGUAGCAAUGGAUGUGACUGUUAAUGCUGUGGCAGGAGCCCUUAAAGCUUUCUUUUCUGAUUUGCCUGAACCACUAAUUCCUUAUAAUUUGCAUUCAGAGCUGUUGGAAGCAGCCAGACUGGUUGAUUUGUCAGAAAAACUGAAUGGUUUUAAGGAAUUAUUGAAAAAAUUUCCUGCAGUAAAUUAUGGGGUUUUCAAGUAUAUCAUUGCCCAUCUCAACAGAGUUAGUCAACAGAGCAAAACAAAUCGGAUGGUGGCAGAUAAUCUAGCCAUUUGUUUUUGGCCUACGUUCUUGAGACCAGAUGCUCUUACCAAUGCUGCAGUCAAUCAAUCUGCAAUUGAGACAUUUAUUCAACAAUGCCAGUUCCUCUUUUACAAUGGGGAUAUUGUAGAGACAUUCAACCCUCCUGGGGCACCUUGUACAGGUCAGUUGGUAGAACCGUUGUUACCACUGCCAUCGUUGCCACCACCACCACAGCCAACAUCUCAGUCGUUCCCAUCGGAGAUGCAAACAGAUCAACUUAAUGUUAUAUGAGCAAAAUAGGAACUGACGUUAUUACUAUAAGACAUUGUUACCAAACUGGGUAUUUUAAGUCCAGUUUCAAACAUGUGGAAAACCUCAAAAGGUUAUGCAUUUGCAAGCUAUAAUAGCAGCGUUGCUUUAAGAUCAGUCCAGCAUUCCUCACUUUCCAAAGGAAACAAAUUUAAGUGUGCAUAUUAAUGGGAUUUCUAAAAUUACUGUCGACAAAACAAACUGGCUGCAAUAAAUACAUUCCACUUGCUGCAUGAAAGAAAAGCAAUCUUGAGAAUUUAUGUGGAUUCUGUAGUGGUUGUUUCCUUCACAAACUUUUUGACAGUUGUGAAUAAGAGUUUAUGUAUACACUAAAUUGUAUAAAAUGAAGUCAAAUAUAUUUCUCAGCCAACAAUGUUAAAAAAAAAACUCAUCUGUUUGACUGGAUUUGACUUUUUAUUUGUGCUGUUUUGAAAGUCAUUGUGUUUGUGUCCUUGACAAAUUUGUGUGGGUGGGUAGAUGGAAAUACUGUCAUUAUAGCAGCCUCCCAACAUUUGCACUGCUUCUGAAAAUGUAGUUUUAAGAAAAAUUGCCAGGUGCUGUGUAAAAGACAUAAUGUCUACUGCACCUUAUGUUUACUGGUAAUAGAGCUGUGGUAGUUCUUUGUUAUGGGAAGAAUCCACUUAUUUUAAUGACCAACAGCACAAAGAUCAGUUCAGGAGAAAACAGAAACUGAGCGUAAAAUUACUGCAGUUUUAUCUUAUGUCUUAUUACAUUUGUUUCAUUUAAAGGAUAAAAUGUAAACGUUUUAUAGUAUCCUUAAUUGUUGGAAAGUAAUGCAUGUGUUUAAUUCCUGGUUGGUCUUGUACCUUAUCCUACACAUUUUUAGAAAUACAUUUCCUCUUUGGGAUGGAGCGGAAGAAUAUCUGGUGUACAUAAAAGUCAUUUUUCAUAAGAGAUUGUAAAUCUUUCCAUAAUUUUCAAUUAUACAGCUUUCACAUGUUGUGUUUGCAAUAAAGAUGGUGUAUUAAAUAGCUUUAAGUAUGACUUUUUCUGUUAACUCAUUUUAAUGUGACCCUAGCAAGUAACCUGUCAAAUAUUGCUAACAUAGCAAUAAAUAUUUUCGGUAUUGCCAAUUACACACAACAGUUUUAUAAUUUUGUCAAACUUGUAUUCAUAUUACUACUUGUGGUACCUUCUACUAAAACUUAAUUAGAUUUGUUUUAGUUCUUUUUGUGCAAACUACAUAUGUGGAGCAAUAUCUUAUUUUAAAAGCACCAUUUUCUUUUGAAUCGGUACCUAUUUGAUGUAAAAUGAUUCUGCUUUUAGAAAAUGUUUUGUUUAUUUCAUUGUGUUGUAAGUUUUCAUAAAAUCUUACUGUAAAAUAAAUUGGUGAGCUGAAUGAUGUGAACGUGGGGAAGCUGACUGUUUGAAGAGCAUCAAUUCUACUUCAGUUCAUUAACUGUCAAACAUUGCAGAUAAUUUCCUUUCAGAAAAUUAUUAAUCAGUUGGUACACAUUCUGCUGCUAGUGUUUGUUUUGUGUAGGGUUGGGUGCUAGUUAACUAUGAAAAUAACUCAAUUGCUCUGUGUUGUUAUUUGCUCAGUGGAACUGGUUUGAAAACUCUUAAGAUUUUGACAUCAUCUGCAAUGUAUUAUAGUAAAUAAAUCAUUUGAGAAGCAAAUCUUAAGAGUUUGUGAUCCAUUUUCCUUAAUUGUUUUCUAACAUUGGCAACCAGGUCUUUAUUUCAACUCCUUGCAAUGUUUAAGUAAUACCAGUUCCUGGAUUGUGGACAACAAUGUUAAUUGUCAACUCAAACAAUGGAAACAUCCUUUUUAUUUUUGUCUGAAGUGGUAUGUCUGUUACUUAAAAAUACGAUACCAUGUUAAAUCAAUACUCAUUGUUGCAUCAAUUUACUAAUUUGGAAGAGAUUGAAUCCUGUUUUUUUUUAAUUGUAGUGGGAUAAGUGAAAAUAAAGAGCCGAAAUUUAGCUUCAUUUGAAUGCUUUGUUUUAGAAUCAAAGCUUACCAUGAAAUAAUAAAGAAUUUUUGAUUCUAUGAACAUGGUAAGUUUAGUGCCUUUUGGAUAGAUUCAAUUGAAUGAUAUAGUAGACAGUAACAGUUAGUGAUAUCUCUUCACAGAUUGAUUAAACAUGUGAUAGCAAAUUAUAAUCCUGAGGUGGUGCCCUUUUGUCCUAAACUCCAUCAUGGGAAAUAUCCUUUCCACAUCUACUUUGUCUAGGCCUCUCAACACUCGAAAGGUUUCAAUAAGAUCCUUCCCCGCCCCCCGCCCCCCGCCCCCCCAUCCUUCUAAAUCCCAGCAAGUACAGGCCCAGAGCCAUCAAACGUUCCUCAUAUGAAAACCCUUUCAUUUCCAGAAUCAUCCUUGUGAACCUCCUGUGAACCCUGUCCAAUGCCAGCCCAUCUUUUCUUAGACUGUUCAUAAUACACAGGGUGAGGACUCACCAGUGCCUUAUCAUCACAUCCUUGCUCUUACAUUCUAGAACUGUUGAAAUGAAUACUAAUGUUGCAUUUGCCUUCCUCACCACUGACUCAACCUGCAAGUUAACCUUUAGGAUGUUCUGCACAAGGACUCCCAAGUCACUUUGCAUCUCAGAUGUUUGAAUUUUCUCCCCGUUUAGAAAAUAGUCUGCACGUUUAUUUCUUUUACCAAAGUACAUGACCACGCAGUUUCCAACAUUGUAUUUCAUUAGCCACUUUAUUGCCCAUUCUCCUAAUUUAAGUCCUUCUGCAGCCUACCUGUUUCCUCAACACCACCUGCCCCCCUGCAAUCUUCGUAUCAUCUGCAAAACAUAGCAACAAAGUAGUCUAUUUCAUCAUCUAAAUCAUUGAUAUAUAGCAUAAAAAGAAGUGAUCCCAACACUGACCCUAGCAGAGCACCACAAGUUAGUGGCAGCCAACCAGAAAAGGAUCAUUUUAUUCCCACUCACUGCUUCCUACUAAUCAGCCAAUGCUCUAGCCAUGCCAGCAACUUUGCUGUAAUACCGUGGGCUCUUAACUUUGUAAGCAGCCUCAUGUGAGGCACCUUGUCAAAAGCCUUCUUAAAGUCCAAAUAUACACCACUGCAUCCUCCUCAUCUAACCUACUUGGAACCUCUUCAAAUAAUUACAACAGGUUUGACAGGCAAGAUAUUCCCUUAAGGAAACCAUGCUGACUUGUCCUGUGUCACCAAGUACUCCAUAACCUCAUCCUUAACAAUCGACUCCAACACCUUCCCAACCACUGAGGUCAGGCUAACUGGUCUAUAAUUUCCUUUUUGCUGCCUUCCUCCUUUCUUAAAGAGUGGAGUAACAUUUGCAAUUUUCCAGUCCUCUGGCACCAUGCCAAAGUCCAGGGAUUUUUGAAAGAACAUUACUAAUGCCUCCUUAAUCUCUACCGUUAUCUCUUUCAGAACCCUAGGGUGCAGUUCAUCUGGUCAGGGUGACUUAUGUACCCUUAGGUCUUUCAGCUUUUUGAGUACUUGCUCCCUUGUAAUAGUAACUGCACUCACUUCUCUUCCCUCAGCCUUCAACACCUGGCAUGCUGCUAGUGUUGUCCACAGUGAAGACUGAUACAAAAUACUCAUUUAGUUUAUCUGCCUUUUACUUGUCCCCCGUUACUAUUUCUCUGGCCUCAUUUUCUAGUGGGCCUAUACCUACACUCAUCUCUCAUUUUUUACAUACUUGAAGAAGUUUUUACUAUCCACUUCAAUAUUGUUUGCUAACUUGCUUUCACAUUUCAUCUUUUCCCUUCUAAUUAUUAUUUUAGUUGCUCUCUAGUUUUUUUAAAAGCUUCCCAAUCCUCUAUCUUCCCACUAAUUUUUGCUUUGUUGUAUGCUGUUUCUCAGAUUAGCUUUGACUUCCCAUGUCAGCCAUAGUUGUACUAUUUUGCUGUUUGAGUAUUUCUUUAUUUUUGGAAUACAUCUAUCCUGCACCUUCCUCAUUUUCCCCAGAAACUCUCGCCAUUGCUGCUCUGCUGUCAUCCCUGUCAGCAUCUUCUUCCAAUUUAGUUUGCCCAAAUUCAUUGACAAAUACAGUGAACAGUUAAAGGUCCUUUGUUCAGAUGGUAUUUAUUCAGUUGGAAUAUAUUUUUUUCCAGAAAUUGAGUUUGUACUUAAGGAAUAAACAUAGUCUCACAUAUUUGCCAUACUGGUAAAACAUUGAUUCAGAAAAAAUGUGUGAUCCACAUUUUCUGCUAGAAAACCAUUCGUACUGAUUGCCUUAUGUUGGGAAAUGACACUGAAUGCCACAUGGCAAGUUAGUAUAUUGUAGAAAAAUGUAGUUAGGAAAUAGAGAAAAAUGCGGGUCAGUUUCCGAAAACCCUUUUUCUAAGUGUAGCAUACACAAUAGUAUUUUUUUUUCUCCACUACAAUCAUUCUCAGAAGUUCAUGCACUUGGAACUUAAUGCAACUACUUACCGUGUCUUGAUAUGUUACCGCAUUUAUUCUUUUGACUUUUCUGUUGUUUUCUGUCUUUCUCUAUUAAAGUUAACAGACCCAAUUCUAUUACUAUUGGAAUUUUUGAAUGGACAAAGUAACAUGGCAUUCAGAAUAAACAUUCACUACUUUUGUAAAUUUAAAAUGGAAAAUUGUUGUGCAUGUGUGCUUACUUGAUCAAAUCCUUUGAAUUUUAAUGAUCUUUUUCCUUGAUUGCUUUAAAAGCUGUGUAUUUUUCAUAAAUUGUCUUUCAUUCAUUUUGAGAUCUGGUAUCACAAAAAGGAUCACGGGAAAAGAGUAUCAGCUGUAAAGGGGAAUUUUAU